AAAUUUGUUAAACCUCGACCCUGCCCAACAUGUUGGGGUUGGGUUAAUCGGCUUAUGAGUCGGGUCGGGUCGGUUUUGAUGGGUAUUUAUGUUUUGGUUCAACCCUGAACGAGAGUACGUACCAGUUACCACUACAGUCUACACACACUAUUAUUACUCUGGUAAACUUGACACCAUUUUUACUGCUCUGUCGUUUCAUCUUCCCUCAAAUAUACCUCCGUCUGUUUAUAUGACGGUGCCGACAGAAAAUCCUCCUGCUGUGUUUCCUGGUGCUCAAUAUGUUGGCAAGGCUUUUGUGGACCAGUAUUUCUAUGUUCUUAGCAUCUCUCCAGAGUCUCUUUAUAAAUUUUAUCAUGAUUCAAGUCUUUUAAGCCGACCUAAUAUGCAUGGAAGUAUGAUAUCCGUGACUACCUUGAAAGAUAUCGAUGAGAAAAUUCAGUCAGUGGAUUGUAAGAACUCUAAGCCAGAAAUUGAUACAGUAGAUGCUCAAGAUUCUUAUCAAGCAGGCGUAAUCGUUGUAGUAACUGGUUCUGCGAUUGGGGCGGACAAUGUGAAAAGGAGAUUUGUUCAAACAUUCUUUUUAGCUCCACAAGAGAAGGGCUACUUUGUACAGAAUGAUAUUUUAAGGUAUGUUGAGGAAAGUGGGCAGUUGGAGCUGAACUAUAAACCUGUUGAUAGUGAUGGUGACUGUGUUCCACCAGCAACCCUGACUUCUGUUUCAGGUUUUUGGUCAAUUGAAUGUCAAACCUUUCAUAAUACCACUCAUGUAUCACCCAGUCAUGCAUGCGAUCCUUUAAAUACUUUUGAGACUGAAGAUGCUGAAGUUUUUGAAGCUUCGGGAAAUGGAGAAAUUUGUAGCCCUCUAGAUGAUGAGAGACAUUCGGUCAUGAUAGGUAAUAUUGUGAAUGAAGAACGAAUUCAGUCCAGUCAGAAUGGUACAUUGGAAUCCAUCAGCUCAGAUCCCACUGUAGUUCAGCAAGAGAAUAGGUCUUAUGCUUCAAUCGUAUCAAAGCCUGCCGCAAAUCCAGCUAGUAAUAUGAGGUGGGCUCCUAUUAUACCUAGUCCAAAUACACUUGGUUCUAAGAAGCCUUCUCCUGAACCAGCUGCAUCAGUUCCAACUAGUGAUAGUGGCCUUGAAGGUAGCAAUCCUCAGGAUAAUGUUGAAGGCCACUCUGUAUACAUACGAAAUUUGCCUUCAAAUGCAACUGUUGCACAUGUAACUGAAGAAUUUUCGAAGUUUGGCCCUGUAAAACAUGGUGGUGUACAAAUCAAAAUUCACAGGCAACAUGGAUACCAUUACGGCUUUGUGGAAUUUGAAUCACCAGACUCUGUGCAGAAUGCAAUAAAGGAUUCACCGAUCGUAUUUGGAAGACGUCAUGUCAUUGUGGAGGAAAAGCAAUCAACUUUUAGAGUUGGGAGCAGUGGAAAUACUGAUAGGAAUACUUUAAGAAGGGGUGAAUUUCAGGACAGUUUUCGGGGACGUAAUUACUCUGAGGGCGGGGGUUAUGGCAGAAGCGAGUUCAGGAGCAACCACAAUUUCUCAAGCCGGCCAACGAUUAAUGGUGGACGCAACACCAAGUAUCGCUAUCAACGUGUUGAGCCGGUUGGAGGUGAAUAAAUUGGGCUGUGU